GCUUCAUAGUAAAACAAACAAGCGAACAGUGAACAGUGAACAAUAAAGUGAAAGAGAAGAAAAUUAUUUUGCCAGAAAAUCUUGAAAGCAAAUUUUAAGAAAAAGUGUAAAGAAAAAAGUGAAAUCCAAAUAGAAAUUUUGAAAAUUCAACAAAUUAAAAGUUUAUCAAAGAGACAAAGUGAACAAAAAUGCCAGCAAUCGGAAUUGAUUUGGGUACCACAUACUCCUGCGUUGGAGUGUUCCAGCACGGAAAGGUGGAAAUUAUUGCCAACGAUCAAGGAAACCGUACAACGCCCAGCUAUGUUGCAUUCUCCGAUUCGGAACGUUUGAUUGGCGAUGCAGCCAAGAAUCAAGUGGCUAUGAAUCCCAAGAAUACGAUUUUCGAUGCAAAACGACUUAUUGGACGCAAAUACGAUGACAAGAAAAUCCAAGAGGACAUGAAACACUGGCCAUUCACUGUGCUGAGUGAAAAUGGAAAGCCGAAAAUUGUUGCAGAAUUCAAAGGUGAACGGAAACGAUUCGCACCGGAAGAAAUCAGUUCAAUGGUUCUAACAAAAAUGAAGGAAACGGCCGAGGCAUACCUUGGUGAAUCGGUUCAGAAUGCGGUCAUUACAGUACCAGCUUAUUUCAAUGAUUCACAGCGGCAAGCAACCAAAGACGCCGGUGUGAUUGCUGGACUCAACGUACUUCGUAUCAUCAAUGAACCGACAGCCGCAGCAUUGGCUUAUGGUCUGGAUAAGAAUCUGAAAGGCGAACGAAAUGUUCUGAUUUUCGACUUGGGAGGUGGCACUUUUGAUGUGUCCAUUCUCAGCAUCGACGAAGGAUCGUUGUUCGAGGUGAAAUCUACAGCUGGCGACACACAUUUGGGUGGCGAGGACUUCGACAAUCGACUUGUGAGUCAUUUCUGCGAAGAAUUCAAACGAAAGUACAAAAAGGAUUUGACUGCCAAUGCACGGGCGCUUCGACGAUUGAGAACAGCAGCCGAACGGGCUAAACGUACUUUGUCGUCCAGUACGGAAGCUACAAUCGAAAUUGACGCUCUCAUCGACGGCAUUGAUUUCUACACGAAAAUUUCGCGUGCCCGUUUCGAAGAGCUGUGCGCCGACCUAUUCCGAGCGACGAUUGAACCGGUGGAAAAGGCUUUACGUGAUGCUAAAAUGGACAAACGACAAAUCGACGACAUUGUGAUGGUUGGCGGUUCAACGAGAAUUCCCAAAGUGCAGUCAUUGCUGCAGAACUAUUUCUGCGGAAAGGCACUGAACUUAUCGAUCAAUCCGGACGAGGCCGUUGCCUAUGGUGCAGCUGUGCAAGCUGCCAUCAUAAACGGAGACCAGGACUCUAAGAUUCAGGACGUACUUUUGGUCGAUGUGGCACCACUUUCGCUUGGUAUCGAAACGGCCGGUGGUGUGAUGACAAAAAUCGUCGAUAGAAACUCCAGAAUUCCAUGCAAACAAACUCAAACAUUCUCAACAUAUGCGGACAAUCAACCGGGCGUUUCUAUUCAAGUGUAUGAAGGCGAACGAGCUUUAACCAAAGACAACAAUCUGCUGGGCAAUUUCGACCUGUCGGGAAUACCGCCAGCACCCAGAGGUGUACCAAAAAUCGAGGUCACAUUCGAUAUGGACGCCAAUGGCAUUUUGAACGUAUCGGCCAAAGAACUGAGCACAGGCAACGUCAAGAACAUCACAAUCAAAAACGACAAGGGAAGACUGUCACAAUCCGAAAUCGAUCGAAUGUUAGCCGAAGCCGAACGCUACAAGGAGGAAGAUGAACGGCAACGGGAAAAGAUCACAGCCAGAAACAAUUUGGAAAGUUAUAUCUUCGGUGUUAAGCAGGCCGUUGAUGAGUCUGGUGAUAAAUUGAGUGAAUCGGACAAAACACUGGUUCGGGACAAAUGCAACGAGAACAUCAAAUGGUUGGACGGAAAUUCCUUGGCAGAGAAGGAAGAGUUCGAAGACAGACUGAAAGAAUUGACCAAAUUGUGCAGUCCGAUCAUGACAAAGUUGCACGGCGGCAAUCAGUCGACAAGUUGUGGACAACAGGCUGGUGGUUUUGGACAGCAAUCUGGGCCAACUGUUGAAGAAGUUGAUUAAGCUAUAAUUGUUAUGUACUGCACUGACUGAACGAAUUAUUUUUAAUUUAAUAAAAUUUUAAGUUUAGUUUUAAGAU